AUGAUAUACUAUUUACUAAAGAGGCUGAAACUCAUGACCCUUAAUCCAACAACUCUUCCAGAGAUACCUGUCUACCGUCCUAACUGGGAUGAAUUUACUAAAUUCCCUAGCUGUAUAGAUUUAAUUGAGGAAAUGGGAGCCCAUCAUGUGGGUCUUUGUAAAAUAAUUCCCCCCAAAGAAUGGAAACCUAGAAAAGAGGGAUAUGAUAAUCUAGAUACCUUUUGCGUAGAAAAACCCAUAAGUCAAAUCACGACUGGAAGUCUAGGAAUUUAUUUACAAAAUAUAGAUGUAAGAAAAAGCAUGAGUUUAAAGGAAUUUAAGAAGCUGUCAUUCACGCCUCUUUACCGUACUCCCUCUUACGAAGACUGGGACCAUUUGGAGAAAAAGUACUGGUCCUCCAUUUCAUUCUGCCGUCCUUUGUAUGGAGCUAAUAUUUCUGGAUCAAUAACUGAUUCUGGGCAAGAAACUUGGAAUAUUCAAAAACUUGAUUCCAUUCUUUCUUUUGUUUUUGAGCAAGAAAAUAUCAAAAUAAAGGGCGUUAAUACACCGUAUUUGUAUAUUGGAAUGUGGAGAUCUUCGUUUCCUUGGCAUGUGGAGGAUGUGGAAUUGUAUUCCAUAAACUAUCUGCAUCAUGGGUUUCCCAAACACUGGUACGUUAUACCCCCAGCUUACGCCAGAAAAUUCGAGGCCUUUGUUAGAGGUAAUUGUCUUCCCUCUGAUAUCCUUCAAGAACAUUUUAGAUCGGAAUUUCUUCAAUGCCGGUAUUUUUUGCGGCAUAAAUCUGUUUUAAUCAAUCCUCUUGUAUUAGCCAAGGCCGGGAUACCCACCAGGAAGAUUACUCAAGAAAGCAACGAAAUUAUGAUCACUUUUCCAUACGCUUAUCAUGCCGGAUUUAAUAUGGGAUUCAAUAUAGCUGAAUCUACAAAUUUUGCCUCGCCACGCUGGAUAGAAUAUGGUAAAAAGUCUUCUCCUUGUCAGUGCUGGGACGACACUGUAAAAAUUUGCAUGGACCCAUUUGUUAAGCGCUAUCAGUCUCAUCUCUACGAUUUUUGGUUACGAGGAGAAGAUCCGAUUUCACAUCCUUUAGAUGAUUAUUUGCCUUUGCCAAGCUCGCCUCACUUCUCUUUUAAGAGUUUUUUAUCUAAUAUUACUAUUGCAACUAGCGAAUCAAUUCAAGUGCCCAAGUCAAGAUUAAGCAUAGACUCCAAAAAAGCCCGAAAAGUUGAAAUUUCUUCCGAAGAAAGCUCAUUUAAUAAAUCGGAUGAUUCAGAAUUUUCACCAAUUAAAGCAAUCUCUGAUUCUAUUAUUUCUCCUGGUCAAACUUUUUUGUCACCUACGCAAUUUCGGUAUCCAGAAAAAGCUAUUUUUCACUCACGUCUUCCAAGUUACCUUUCAAAAUAUCCUAAAUUUAUUCCUUUAUGGUGCUGUGAAAAACGGGAUAUCAAUACUGAACGUUGCUAUAACAUACGCAUGAGCAAAUUUGAGCCUUAUUGCUGUAUUUGUGCUUUUAUAUGGACGCCAAAGUUUUACUUUGGAGAAUGCAGAAAAACUGGGUUUUGA